CCAUGAUAUCUCGUUAUCAAAUUCCCAAUGUAAAAUAUCAAAACAUUAUUUUGUCAUUAUUAUUAUUAUUAUCAUUAUUUAUUAUUAUUAUUAUUAUUAUUAUUAUUAUUGUUAUUAUUAUUAUUAUUAUUAUUAAAAAACUCCCGUUCCUAAAAUGACGCGAUAUCCUGAGCGGUGAGGUGACGCAGAGCCCGCUGAUUGGAGGAUUUGUCGCGGCGAAAGCGGACGACGCUGUUUGGCGCCAUUUGCGGGAAAAGGAACUCAGACGGGCUGAAUUAAUUUUAGAUGUUAUUUAUUUUGUUUUACAGUAUCUUGAAUGCAGGCAGUUUAAACACUUUCCGUGUUUUUCGCCAGUAUUUCCGCUGAAGUUAGUGCUUCUGUAUCGAUAUUCACGCGUGUGUCAUUGUUUUUUUGUUAACUCUAUGGCGUUUAUGUCAUUGUUAUUGAAGAGUUGUUAGCUAGCCAAGUUAGCCAGCUGGCUUUUUACAUAUACAUUAUAAGACACCCGAUUAGUCGCUCUUUCGUAGUAUCAUGAGUUUCAUGUUAGUUUAACCACUGUACGUUAGGAAACACCGACAAUGUAUUAUUGGUGCUUUGAAACAAAGAAACACACUGAUCUAUAAUUUGGAGAUCAACACCAAUUAUGGCUGGUGCUGUUGCUAUGGCAGCUGUUGUUGAAGAUUUUGAGGCUACUCAGCCUUGCAAGAAGUUGAGGAAAGAUGAUGAUCCGCUACCUACAAGGACCAUCAGGAACUACUUCGUGCCCUUACCCAAGACUGUAGAAAAGCCUUUCUCUCCACCUCGGACAAACAACAUAAUGGAUUACUUCACGAAGACAUCGCCUGCUCAGGAAAAGAUUGGCUCUUUGCAAAAGCACAGUCCCCUUCAGUCCACAGAGUCAGUCAGUUGUCAGGAAAUCUCUGCUAAGCUAGGUAGAACACAAAGGCAGAAACGUUCCAAGAAACCUAAGGAGCAGAACAAGCUACAGGAAGAGGAACAGGAGGUGCUCGCUGAGAACUGUGCAGCGUUAGGGAGCCCAGUUGAAUCUCUGGUAAAGGACAGUGGCAACUGCUCAGUGCUUGGUAGUGAUACUGCAGCCCUGCUGUCUCAGAUAAGCAAUGACAUCUGCUUAGAUGAACAAUCUGUCGAAAGCAAGAAUAACACGGAGACCUGUGCGGCUGACAGAAAAGAGAAGGAUUUGUUACAAAUUCGGAAAAGCAAGAAAGUAGGUAACCAAAGCAGGGAUAGUGAUAAUUUAGAUAAUGAUAACAACUCACCUGGAGAAGAGAAAGGUAGGAAUAAAAAGUCUGUGGUGCAUAAAAGCAGGAAGGCAAGAGUCAGCCAGAGUGACUUGUGUACAGAGCAGGAAAAGUCUCUGCAUGAUGCUAGUCUGGAAGUCAAUGUGGAUGAGAAUUCCCUGCUGAACAGCAGCACCAUAACAGUGUCCUUUGAAGACUUUUUACAGAGUCAGAGCCAGGAGGAGGAAGAGGACACUGCAGAUACUGAGCCAAACACCUGUGCUACUGAAAACUUAAGUGAUGCUAAGUCUUGUUAUGAUGUGAGUGAUUUGGUAGUUGCAGCUCCACAGGUGUCACCAAGAACCCUCACAGUCCAAGCGGAAGUACAUCCUCUAUCCCCAAAUCAUGAGACAUCUAAGAGCCCUGAAGUAAAAGUAGCAUCAAUUUUCAGUAGGAAUAAAAAGGAGAGCCAAGUAAAAGACAGCAAGACCUCUUCCUCUGCUACCCCUCAGGUGACAGCAGACAUUCUCCCUGAUCUUAAGAGGAAAUCUAAUGUUGUUCUUCAUGAAGAAGAUUUGGAGCUUGCUGUGGUUGAAUCCAGCUCCACUCCUAAGUGCACCCAGGAAGAAAGGAAGCAGUUUAUGAAUGCUUUCAAGCAGCCUAGUCUGGAUGGAUCUAAAAGUAAAACCAGCAAGAGUUCAGGAAAACUCAAACAGGUCCAGGAAAAAGCUCCUGAGACGGCAGAGAAGGAGCCUGAUGAGAAAGCUGUUGAGAACAAGCCUGAUGAGACCGGCUCAGAGCAAAAUGGUGCUAGCAGUGUUGGGAACAAACGAUGUAGAAAGGCUGGGAAGAAAAGACAGACAGAUACAUCUGAAGAGGUACCAACACCUGCGCCAACACAAGAGGAACUUCCCACAUCAGUGGAGAUGAUCACUGAGAGUGGCUCUGUUGAUGAUGGCAAAACACAAUCUGCCAAGAAGGUGAGGAGGUCUACAAGAGAGAGCACACGCAGACAGGCAGCUCCUGCACCUGAAAGGAAUCCGUCACCUCGCAAAACAAGAAGCCAGGAGAAGGCAGAAAAGUCUACUGUAUCUCAGGAAGACCCAGCUCUAGUUUCUACCCCAAAAACUCACAGGCCCAAGAAGAGUGUUUACAGGGCUGAGAUGCUCUCUCCGUCUGACAAAAAAGGAAGCCCGAUAAGAAUGAAAUUCACUAGAGUGUUUCCAUCAUCUGCCACAAAAGCUGGAGAUUUUGAAAUAUCAAGUCCUGUUUCAGUGCUGGAAUCAAAUUCACUGAAGAAAAGAAAACAGGCUAAAAAGUUGGUGCAGAAAGCUAAAGCACUUCAGCAAAGCAAACAGACUGCAGCAGGGGAGCAGUCCGCUGUGCGCCGCUCUGCAAGGAGAAAAGAAUGUGUCAAAAUGAAUUACUGCGAGGAUGAGGACUCUGUAGUCUUUGUGGAAGAUCUUAUAAGCAGCCCCACACCUACAUCUCAAGAAAGUGGCCAAAGUCAGAAAAAACUUCGCAGUUUGAAUGAUGUAUUAGGCAAAAAUAUACUUCCAAAUAAGGCUUCUAAGAAUGCUCCAGCUUCCAAACUGGCACCUGUGUUUCUCGAAAGAAAAGCCCAGAAACCCAUAGCAGUAAUCUCCAUUUUUGAUGACAGCAGUCGUGAUGGUUCGGAAAACUCUCAAGACGAUGAACAAUUCAGAGCAAAGAGGGAAUUCCUGAAGAGUGGCCUGCCUGAGUCUUUUAAAAAGCAGAUUGCCAAGACAGCAGCUAACAGAGAAGCUUACACCCAGGCCUGUGCUUCUUUCCAGCCUGUGGUGCAUGUCCAACAGAGAUCCAUGGGUUGCUUUAUGUGGACCGUCCAAUGGCCAGAAACGUCUUUUCUGAGUUGCCUGAAAGAGUUUUACCAGUUUCCACCGAUGCCAAAGGUGUCUUUGACUGGCAUUGCAGGCUGCAUGACUGUACCUGCUCAGCGGUCCUGCAGAGAAAAGGUGUCUGGCUGGCGAGAAGAUUUUACAGAGUCCAUUAGACAGCGUCUGUUGGAGGAAAUUAGUGCAUCCAAUCGUUCUUUUCCUGUCCAGAGAUAUUUUACACGGUUCCUAAAGAGACAAAAAUACUGUUUGUUACAGGGUGCUGCUGCAGAGCCUGAGUGUGGAUCUAAAACACAAUGUCCUGCUGGCUCCACCAAGUCUGUUGGAGGAAAGCGUAAACGUGUAGAUGAGGCAGAGAGAUCCAGCAAGCCGGCCAAGAAACAGAAGUCAAGUCACACGGAGGAAGAGCCCAUAGUGAUAUCGGAGAGCCCAAGCUCAGAAAGUGGGGCAGCACCAGAGACCACUGACUCUGUGGCUCCCAGCAGAGGUCAGAGGAGACGAUCACUGAGAAACAAGCAGGUUGCGACAGAGGCUAAGCCUGCAGUGCUGAGCACACCUGAAAAUAUCCAGUGUGACACUGUGAUCGUCCUUGAUUCUCCAUCCUCAGAGACUGCAUGCACUGAAGAUGGUGUGAAGGAGGAUGUGCUAUGGACUGAAAAGUACCAGCCACAGCACUCUAAUGACAUCAUUGGAAACACAGCUUCUGUUAGGAAGUUGCACAGCUGGUUAAAAGAGUGGAAACUCAGGGCUGACCGGGAAGAGAGAAGGAAGCAACAGGAGAAAAAGCAAGAUGAUGACAGUAAUGACUCAUGGUUAGGUGACUGUGAGGAGCUAGAGGAAGCAGAGGACCUGCUCUGUAACACACUACUCAUCACAGGUCCCACUGGAGUAGGCAAGACUGCUGCUGUGUAUGCCUGUGCCCAAGAGCUGGGCUUCAAGGUGUUUGAGGUGAACUGCUCUUCUCAGCGAAGUGGUCGUCAGAUCUUGUCUCAGCUGAAAGAGGCCACCCAGUCUCACCAAGUGGACAUCCAGGGUGUCAAUGCUCAUAAGCCCACCUAUUUUAACAGCUACAGUAGCAGCGGUAGUACAGCCAAACCUGGCUCCUCACCCAGGAAGGUUAACUCCCCUAGAAGAGUUGUGUCCUCACCUAGAAAACCCCCUCAGUCCCCUCGAGGUGCUAUGAGGAAAGGUGGCUUGGCACCAACUUCACUGGCCAAUUUCUUCAAAGUGGGUGGGAGGCCCAAAGGCAAAGAUGCUGGAAAUCAAGACAAGAAGGCUCAAAUGGUCUGCUCUAAGAAAUCUGCCAAAGUGACUGAAAGUGGGUGCAAGGCUCAAGAGCCUCUGGCUUCCCCCCCAGACACCAAACCCACAACUGAAGAGCAGGGAAAGAGAACAGCCACCUCUCUGAUCCUGUUCGAAGAGGUUGAUGUCAUAUUUGAUGAUGAUUCUGGAUUCCUGACGGCCGUUAAAACCUUCAUCACCACAACCAAGAGACCCAUCAUCUUGACAACCAGUGAUCCUACAUUCAGUGCAAUGUUUGAUAGCAGCUUUGAUGAAAUCCAUUUCAAAGCUCCUUCUGUGGUCAAUCUGGCGAGUUACCUGCAGCUGUUGUGUCUGGCCGAAAAUCUGAGGACAGACACUCAGGACUUGGCAUCUUUGCUGCAUUGGAAUAGAUGCGAUGUUCGACAGAGCCUUCUGCACCUGCAGUUCUGGGCCUGCAGUGGAGGAGGACGCCAGAUGCAGCGCCCCAUCUUAUCAAGAACUUCUGAGUGUGAGGUGAAGGGAGAGACUGUUAAAGUGGAAAAUGUUCCUGCUGAUGAACCACUACCACCCUGUCAUACUGAAUGCACAGAGUCUUUGUUGGGGAUCCUGAAUAUUCAGCAAGACAGGAAAGUAGAGGAUCUGCUUAGGUGUAAACCUUCAGUUGUGGAGAGUAAGAGCUGCUGGGGUCUCCUCUCAGAGACUGAAAGAAGAGGUAUGAAUCUGUUCUACUCAAAUAUGGAGGUGCUGUUGCCUCUGCCUGUCUCUGCUUUUCCAGAGCCCACUCCUAUACCACGGUCAGUAACAAACCCUGAGCCCCGUCCUGGGCUUUUAGCCAGACAUGGCAGUGUAGCACAGCAGGAGGAGCAUGCCGAUGGCAUGAGCCCUCUCAAAGUGUCCUCCAGGAUGAGACGGAAAAAGCAGCUGUGUUUGGAUGAUAAAAGUGUGUUUCAAUCAGACUCAGAGUCAGAAGAUGGCUUCCUGUCCCUGCCAAAACCUAGCAGUGAUCCAGUUGGAAAUCCUGACACAAAGCAAACACAGGCUGAGGCUGCUGAGGAGGCAUGCUCUUCUAAAACCACUUCUGUGAGGAUGAGAAGGGUCGAGCUGUCUGAAGCAGAGAGGAAGAGGAGUAAGCCUGUGUCACAGUGCCUGAGCUCAUUCGCUGAAUAUCUGGACCUGAUGUCGUUCCUUGACUCAUCUCUGCACUACCAUCCUCCUCAGACAGAGGGCGCUUGUAGACCACAUGCCUUCCACUGGACUGGAGCAGAGAUCAAGAGUGGAAUGACCGAUGAAGUGCGUCUGGAGUGUGGAGGCCAUAUGAGUGGAUUCCACUCAGAGGAAAUCAGUGCUGUGAUACAGAGUCUGAGUUUUUGGAAAUGUAGAGCUGAGGUCUCUGAGGCCUGGCAUAAAGUCCAGGGGCUGGAGGAAGAGGUCAGAAGUGAAGCUGUAGAGGAGUUGACCCUUCCCGUGGCGCCACACAGACAGAGUUUCAGCCUUGCUUGCAGCACACCCUGUGAACCCAGGGUUAUAGAGACGAGAAAGGAGGUAUUGAGCGCAGUUCUCGCCUGCCGGUCAUUUAGCACACUGGGGAACAGAGUGGCAGCCACAGUGGACUACAUGCCUUCUCUGCGCACCAUCUGCAGGUCGGAGAGACUGAAGGAGCAGGGCAAGGUCAAGCGCAGGUUCAUGCACUACUUGGAUGGCAUUCACCUUGAUCUUCCUAAAAGCAUUAUUGAACUCCUCGCCUCAGAAUUUCCUUGAAUCACUCAGUCACACAUUGAAUCAGUCUUUUCGUGGCAGCUGAUUAAUAUGAAUUUGUACAGUAAUAUUAUAUAUCAUAAUUAGUGAGGUUUUAUGUUUCUUAGUGGACAAUAUUGGACUGUCGUCUGUUUUAUAUCUGACUUGGUGUGGAGAUCCUUGUGUUUUGUACUUUUUCAUGCAAUAUGUUUUAUCAAGUAAUAAAUCUGGACUUGCAACUUGUCAGAAAACGUUUUCUCUGAAAAAAAUGUAUAUAUUGUAACCCUGUUUUUUUUUGUUUGUUUUUUUUGUUUUUUUUGUUUUUAGGAUUUCUUAUAAAGGCUUUUCGUGGGUUUUUAAACUGUAUACUGUUAGUUUAUCACCUGUUCACAACAAGAUUGAUUUUUAUUUUUUUGUUUUGUUUUGUUUUGGUUUUUUUUUUCCUUCCUCAAAUUACAGACACUAGUUUGUUCUUAGGCACUAAAACUUAAAUUCCUGUUUCUCACUUGUUUUCUCUACAGUUCAAUACCUCUUGAUCAGUGUUUUGAAUAUUUACAAGUACUACCCUAUUUAAUUAUUGCAAAGGAAACCAAGAUA